UUCAUCUUUUAGCGCUAGAGCGCGCGUGCGCGUGCUCGGUGUCCCGUCGUCCGCCACAGUCAUGGCGGCCCCGGUCGCUCAGUUUGAUGAAGACUGGGAGGAUUUUAACGAAUUCAAAGCGGCAGAUUCACACACCAGUUGGACGGCAACACCGGAAAAUUCACCCCGGUUACAAAGUUUCGCAUCCUUAGACGAGACACUGAGCGCGAGCUUCCCAUACUCCUGCAGCGCGUGCACGAACGACUCUGUGACCGCCGUGAGCGAGAGCGAGCUUCUGCGCGACGACGACAUAUGGAACGCUCUGACGGAGAACUAUGGAAAUGUGAUGCCGGUGGACUGGAAGACCUCUCACACUCGUUCACUUCACCUGCCCACACUUAACCUCCGACCUCAGGAGAGGCUGGAGGUCAAUAAUCUCGACCUGUCUGAUGACGAGGAACUCAGAGAUCAGAUGGACAUGCACACCAUCAUCAUCUCCUGUGUGAACGAGGAGCCGCUGUUUACUGCUGAGCAGGUCAUAGAGGAGAUUGAAGAGAUCAUGCAGGAGUCUCCAGAUGAUGAGGAGAAUGAGGGUUCGUCUCAGUUUGACCUCUCCAUGAUGUCACACGAGUUACACACGCUCGCACACUCCACAUCCUCCAGCAGCUUCGAAGAGCGUCUGCGUGGUCUGUGUGUGUCGGAGCUGCUGGAGCGCCUGGAGGAGGUGGAGCGGCAGAUUCGCGGUUUCUCCGAGGAGCUCAUCGAUCAGCUGGCGGUGCGAGAAGAGCUGGACUACGAGAAGGAGGUGAAGAACACGUUCAUCUCGGCGCUCAUCCACGUGCAGAACCGACAAAAAGAGCAUCGAGAGCUGCUGAAGAAAAAGAGGAAGAUCAAAAGCACCGGCGGCGUACAGAGAUCUGACCGCUCACACGUGCCAGGAACCUAUUUGACGACGGUGAUCCCGUAUGACAGGAGCAGUGGAUCGCCGUCUGUAGACGACCUUCAGAUCCUGACCAAGAUUCUUCAUGCGAUGCGAGAGGACAGUGACACAGUUCCUGCUCUUCUGACCAACUACAUCCUCAAAGCACUGGUGUGAGAGAUCAGGAGACGGAGUGUUGUGUCCCACAUAGAGUCUGUGGAGCUGCUAAAAUCAUCAGAUCCUCUUCAUCUCUCCAGACGAAGCUCUUCUCUAAUAAUGCACAGAAUCAACCCCAGCAAUGGCAUUUAUCUCUCAGUCUGAAUGUAUGUUUGGUUUUCUAUACGUUAUCGAGCGCGAGAUCGAGUGUUAGCAUUUAGUUUAAUUCUCACAUUUCAGUCUAGAUUUCCUUUGUUAUUAUUAAUAUGAUUACUGUGUGUGCAGCUAUCAAAACGCAUAUGGAGGAGUCAUUCUGUUAACCCAGAUCUAGGUUUAGCAUUUCUUUUAUAUUUUUGGAUCUUUCCAUUAAUGCUAUGAGAUUUAAGAUGCCUUUCCCAUGAUUUAAAAACCAUCAGCAAAGGUAAAAAUAAUAUUAGAAUAAGAAAAUGUCAAUUUUUUUUAUGUAUGUAGCUGUCAAGUUGAAAUGUUUACCAUAUCUGAAUGAUAUCUGAAUGAUAAUGUGCAGAUUAGCGGUACUGAACAGAGUCUGUUCAUGUUAUUUAAUUGAAUUGUCAGUCAUUAGUUUGUUUUUAUGUUUGGCCAGCUUUAGGAAUGACAGUAUUAACUAAGUAAGUUGAGAUGUCAGUGGAGGAAGCACGUGAUUGGUCAGAUCUGGACUUCUGUUUUGAGGUACGAAAAGGUAAAACACUCAUGGAGAGAUAAACACUUCUCGCUGAGGUCCUGUAACAGGAGGUAAUGAUUGCUGAAAUGCAUCUGAAGUGAUAUUUUUGUAGGUGUGACUGUAAAAGAUGAGAUUAUAUUGUUGAGGCCUGCAGACGCACACAUUUAAAGAAUUAUUUCACUCAAAAAUACAAACAAAAAGUCAUAAAUGUUUAAUUCUCAUGUCAUUUUAAACCUGUAUGGCUUGUUUCAGUGGAUGUAGAAAGGUGAAGAAUAUCUUGGGAUGAUCAAAGAGAAGUGUGCCAUAUUAUAAAUCGGUAACACUUCAUAAUAACUAAACAAUAUGAAUCAUUUAUUAAGCAUUAACAAAUAGUUAAUUCAUCAUUUGUUGAGCAAUAACGCUACAAUAACAGAUGUUAGUAAGCAGUUUAUAAAUACAGAUUCGAAUGCUGUAUUCUUGACUUAUAAGAGCAUUUAUAAUGUGCUUAAUGAUUGUAUUUUCAUACUUUGUUAAUUGUUUUUUCAUCACUAAAUUAAGUAUUGCAUCAUUUACAAACCAAUUAUUUGAGAGAAGCUGCUGGUUUUUAAAGAUAAUUCAGAACGCUUUAGUAAAUGAUUCAUAAACUAAUCAAAUCAACAUGUAUAUAUCUUAUUAUUCAGGCAUAUAUUAACAGUUAUUUUAUAUGUUAAUAAAU